AUGGACAACUCAUCCUUACCUGGCUUAGAGGCAGCAACUGCAAGUGGGGAUGCUGUUAACCCUUUAGGGAGUUCCAAUGGCAGCUUGUCCGAAACCAGUGCCUGGGGCAUCAGUGGCAGUGGUCCGUGGCUGUUGGCGUGCAUGUUAUCCCUCAUCAUCCUGAUGACGGCUUGUGGCAACACUCUGUUGAUCGCUCUGGUGUUUGCCCAACGCUCCUUACGCAACACCUCCAACUGUUUCCUGGUGUCUCUCUUCCUGUCUGACCUGAUGGUGGCUCUGGUGGUGAUGCCGCCGGCAAUGCUCAAUGUGCUGUACGGGGCCUGGGUGUUGUGGCCGGGCUUCUGCCCCGUGUGGCUCUGCUUCGACGUCAUGUGCUGUAGUGCCUCCAUUCUCAACCUGUGUGUGAUCAGCCUGGACCGCUACCUCCUCAUCAUCUCGCCGCUGCGCUACAAGCAGAGGAUGACCCCUCCUCGGGCCCUUCUUCUGGUGGGAGGGGCCUGGGGUCUGGCCGCCCUCACCUCCUUCUUGCCCAUCAAGAUGAACUGGCACAGCUUGGAGCUGAGCUUGUGGUACCACGCCUCCUACUUCCAGCUGUCGCAGUCCGGUGGCCUGUCCUUCCAGUGCUGUCUGCGGGUUACCUUUCCUUUUGCCCUGGUGGCGUCAGUCCUCACCUUCUUCUUGCCAUCCAGUGCCAUCUGCUUCACCUACUGUCAGAUUCUCCUGGCGGCGCGGAGACAGGCGAGGCGGGUGGCGGCGCUAAGUCAACCUCCGUACCCGCAUCAUUCGCCUGGGGAGCCUUCUCACCCUCCGUCACCAGGUGGGGGCGCCGCCGGACAUGCUCACCUCGAAGGAGAUGACUACAGUCAUCAGGAGAACCCUGUGUCACGCCACGUGCCGUUGUCGGUGAACAGCGAGCGGCGGCUGGCCCACCGGCAGGGACGGAGGGCAGUGAAGGCCAGUCUGACCCUGGGAGUCCUGCUGGGCCUCUUCUUCAGCGCCUGGCUGCCCUUCUUCAUCACCAACAUGGCCCAGGCGGUAUGUGAGUGUGUUCCCCCGGCGCUCUUUGACGCCAUCACCUGGCUGGGCUAUUGUAACAGCACCAUGAACCCCAUCAUCUACCCGCUGUUCAUGCGUGACUUCAAACGGGCCCUGGGGAGGCUGCUGCCCUGCUGCUCUACCCGCUCGCCCCACAGACCCUCACUGGCGCUCUCCCUCUCCCUCCGCAACUCCGGCGAGCCCAACCUGCCCACGGAGCCCCCCUCCCUGGCCUCCGACCCCCCACAGCCCCCCGCCACCGCCACAGAUGCCGUCAACCUGUUUGACGACGACCACGCUGGGAUUGAGCUGCCCCUGCGGUUGCCCAAUCAGGUGGACACGCUGGACUGA